AUUUUGCAGAAUUUCCUGGCAGUGACGGUUGUAGUGCGACCUCAUGGAGAACACAGCGCUGGAAAGCUUAAUUGAGAUGGGUUUCCCGCAGAACCGAGCCCUUCUCUGUUUUGAUGUGGUGUGCUGAAUUUCAUCCCUUGUUUUCCCCAGAGAGAAGGCCCUGGCUCUGACAGGAAACCAGGGUAUUGAACAAGCGAUGGAUUGGUUAGUGGAACAUGAAAACGAUCCUGGCCUAGAUGACCCCUAUGUCCCCCCUGAGGGCCAUGUUCUGGGCGCCGAGGAGUCCCCUGAAGGAAGGACGCCAGAUUCGGUACAAAGUGGAUCAGAUGAGCUGGCCGAAGAGAAGAACCAGCGUCCUCUGACUGAAGAAGAAAAGCAGGAACAGACGAAAAGGAUGAUGGAGCUGAUUUCUCAGAAACAGAAGGAACGCGAAGAGCGGGAGAAGCGGGAGAGCAUCGAGCGCGAAAAGCAGCGCCGGAAACAGGGCCAGGAGCUCUCGCUCAUCCGCCAGAAGCUGCAGGAGGAUGAGAUGAAGAAGCUGGCGGAAGAGAGGCGGAGGGAGAAGCUGGAGGAGAAGCUGGCCAAGCAGCGGGUGCGAGAGAAGAUUGAACGGGACAAGGCCGAGAGAGCUAAGAAGUUUGGCUGCGGUAGCGCUACUCAAGCAUCUGUCCUGUCCGAACAGAUGGUUCCCACGCUAAUCUCAUCCCCCAGCCAGGAGCCCCCUGUCAAGCGUGAAUAUGAUCAGUGCAGGAUACAGGUGAGGCUCCUGGAUGGGACUUCCUUGACUCACACCUUCAAAGCCAAGGAGCAACUGGCAGCCGUGCGGCUUUACGUGGAACUGAACCGCAAAGACGGCGGCGAAGAUCCUUUUAACCUCCUGACGAGUUUUCCCCGGCGCGUCUUCACCGAGGAGGACAUGGAGAAGCCUCUGCAAGAGUUGGGGUUGGUGCCUUCAGCUGUGUUGAUCGUGGCCAAGAAGGGGAAUAGCUGAACGGCUCUCCUCCUGCUGACUUCCGUCGUCUGGCUUUCCCUCCCUCGCGCCGGUUGUUGGAGGCUGAUCUAGCCUUUAGUCACUGGGGGCCACCGUAGAGCACCAGCCCCCCCGAGACUCUGAAGCAGCAGCAGCCCUUAACCCAGGGGUACAGAAACAGACAAUAUGUGGGUGGAAGAGUUGGAGAGGAACCAGCGUUUGCACCUGGACACCCCCCCGAUGCCGGCCUGAAUAAAACCUCUUCACUCUG